AUUACAUUCCGUGGCUGGUUUGUCAAAUUAUUGAUGCGGUGGUUUGAAUCACGUUUGAAUUUAAGUGCGAAGCUCUUUAAUUCCUUUAUUUUCUUAAACUAAACCCUAAUAUACCAUAAAUGGAAAUUUAAAUUGUGUGUUGAUUAAGUGAAGUCUGUGUUAUCGAGUGUCUAAUCAUGGUUUUAGCCGAAAGAAGUAACGAUGUUCGAAACGGGAAGCGGUCAAGGGGGCCAAGCCCCAAUGGCCAUGGAAGUCCAGAUUCCAGUUCUGAAGAUGAGAAUGUCGUACCGUUUGCAGCCGAGAAAAUCAGAGUGGGCAGAGAUUAUCAGGCAGUAUGCCCUGAAUUGGAACCAGUAGACCAACGCAGACCUGAACUCAUUUCUGACAGAGCUUUGUUGGUUUGGUCACCCACUUGUGACAUAUCUGAUAUCAAAUUGGAUGAAUACAUUACCACAGCAAAGGAGAAGUAUGGUUAUAAUGGGGAACAAGCACUGGGGAUGUUAUUCUGGCACAAACAUGACCUCAACAGGGCUUCAAUGGACCUUGCCAACUUCACACCUUUUCCUGAUGAGUGGACUGUGGAAGAUAAAGUGCUUUUUGAACAAGCUUUCCAGUUUCAUGGCAAAAGCUUUCACAGAAUACGACAAAUGUUGCCAGACAAAUCUAUUGCAUCAUUAGUAAAGUACUAUUAUUCAUGGAAGAAAACAAGAGCUCGUACUUCAUUGAUGGAUGUUGUCAGUGAAGGCCGCAAUGCUACCAGCUCAGGAACUGGCAAGCGUGAAUCAGGCACAGGGUCAGAACCUGGAGGUUCAGAUAAGGAGUCUGAUAAUGAUGAAAAGAAGUGGACUUUCCACCGUGGUAUUGUCCGAGGAGGGAAGUCCCUCGCGGCAGGCGGGGCUACACAACGCGCCGCCGGCCAGCAGGGCGCCCAGGGCGAGGGCGGCGGCGAGAGCGCGGGCAAGUGGUGCACUGUGUGCGGCAUUCUGUGCAACCAGAUCACGGCGCACAAUUCGCAGAAGUUGUGUCAGGCAUGCCUCGUGCACGCCAGACGCACGGGGACUAUGAGACCGCUGUGCGGCCCGUCCGGCAGACGCGGGCCGGGUUCCAAACAACAGCGGUACAAGCACCGGCUGCCGCGUGGCAUUUACAUCAAUCACGACGAUCUCGUCGCCAUGGCUACCGGGCCUCAGCCAGGCGACCCCCCGCAGCCCGGACUUAUCAAUCAGGGCGAAGCCAUGCUCAAAGCUAUGGACAGAGAAAUUGUAUCUCUAAAGAGACAAGUGCAACAAAACAAGCAGCAGCUGAGUGCGAUGAAGCGCAAAGUGGGCGACUCAGGAGUGGAGGAGCUGAGGCCCGGCGAACCGCCCGCAAAGAUAAACUCGCGCUGGACAAAUGACGAACUUCUCAUGGCCGUCACAGCCGUUAGGAAAUAUGGCAGGGACUUCCAAGCGAUCGCUGAAACCUUGGGCACAAAGACGGAGGCGCAUGUACGCUCUUUCUUCAUUUCUUACCGGCGACGAUACAACCUAGAUGCUAUGGUGCGCGAGCAUGAAGCUGAACGCGGUAACGCCCAUCACAUACAAGCUGGAACAACGAGCACAGAAUCAGCUGAAACAGGCGACAAUGCUAACAAUGGAACAGACUCUCCCCAGUCCACAAAUAAAGAUGAAAAAACGGAGGUGGAUAGCGAAGGCGUGGCCAUAGGAGCGUCGGCGGAGGCAGGCGGGCCUCCCACGACGCCGCCCAAGCACAAGGCCGCCAAGUGAUGCGCGAGGCCUGUCGUGCGGAGCCCUCGCGUGUAGCGCCGCGCCAGCACCUCGCACCUCACAGACAUUUGGGCCCACACCCAUUCCAUAUGAUAUCACAGCGUGUCGGUACCUCCUGCCGCUUACUACUCUUAUUAUAUAGGACAGCAGUAGAUUUUGUUAUACUUAUAUCUCUCAGGUAGCGAAAGGAUCUAUUCUUCAUAUUGCUGUACAAAAUGCUGUUUUCAGUAUUCGGUCGUGUAGCGCCAACAGGCACAACUCGAAACUCACUAUGUAAUCUAUUUAAUGGUGCGGAAUGUUAUUAUCAAUUAGACGUCCUAAUCACAAUGUCUGGUUGAUUAUAAACUACUCGAAUUUCUGGUGGAAUAGGGACAGAAAUGUUUGUAUACGCUUUAGGGAAGCAUCAGACUUGUGUAUAUAAUUGUAAUGUAUGCUAAUAGGAUAGUUUCCAGUUUAGGAAACUUAUGUAAAAAUAUAAUCAUAAGUGUGUUCCUGUCUAUGGUUUCAUAAUGACUGACGCCUGAGAGCUGUGCUCUUCGAAUGAGUUGUCGUGCUUUGUCCAAUAUUUCUUCAGAUUUCUCGAGUGAGAUAGUUUCUAGAUUUAUUAUGGAAAUAACAUAUUAAUCACUUGCCUUAUGUAAUAAGUUUGUCUCAUGUACUCGCAUGCUUAUUAAAAUAUGACUUACCACAGGAGAAAUAUUAAUUCAACUUGAACUACAGACUUCUGUGGUUUUUAUUCUAAUAGUUUUCUAUAUAAAUGAUUCUAAGAGAUAAUAGUAGCUAGAUAUUUUCAUGUAAGACUUAUUAUUUUAUCGAUAAGGAUACUAUCAAUCUUGAAUUAUGUCCAGCUGUAGUUUUAUAGAUAUAUAAACUAAGGAAGGAUGUUAGAUGGGUUAAUAAUAAAACGGAUACUCAUAUAGGUAAAAUGGCAUUUAUAGUCGCGAAUGUAUAAGUUCCAUUAUAACGCCAUAGAAAACUGCUUGGUUGAAUAAAAGCAAUAUAUCGAAUAAUACAAGAUUUCUUAUGCACACAUAGACUAGCUAUAUUAUACAAUUUUAUUAAUAAAUUUUUCCAUACAUUUAAAUAAAGCGAUAUAGAGGAAAUGACGAUAUUUUUGUACUAGUAAAAGACAUCCCAAUUAAUAGGAAAUUUCGGUGUGAUUAAUUGAUGUUAUUUUAAUGAAUGGUAUUAACUUUAAUUUUUUACUUGUAGGUUAGGUUUUAUUUAGUGUAAUGGACUACCGCGUCGUUUAUAGCAUAAUUUACUAUACUUAUAGUUUUAUUUCUAAUAUGGUACAUCACAAUGAGAUGAGCUAUUCGCACCGGUCGCUACGAAGCCGAAGAUGAAUCGUUACCGAUAUAUCAUUUCUCUUAUUCAGUGUGACUAAACUUGGCUGUAUAUAAUUAUGUAGUAUUAUUUACUAAUAAUAAACUUCAAACGGUGCACUCGGUACUAAAAUUAUGUUCCGUACAAAACUGAAAUGUGAUUUGGUUCCAGAUUUUUUUUAUUAAAUUCAACAUCCGCCUAACAUUGACGUACGCAAUAUUUUUUAAUUCAACUUAUUCCAAUAAUUGCUGUUAUAGCAUAUUAUUUAGUGACAGGAUACAGACAAGUCUGUAAUAAUUAUAUUUUUCGGGAUAUGGGUUUUAAGUAACGCCUAUUAUAUAAGUUCCUUGUAUGAUUAUAAUUUGUAACUAACUUGUGGUCAGACAGAAACUGGUUUACUAUAGAUUUAGUUUCAAAUCCUUAGUAUAUUUACGAACGGCGUAAAACCUUAAUCACUCCAAAGAGAUCCACAAAAUGAAGUCAUCUUAUUUAUUGAUGCUAAUUAGGGCUAAUAGGAAGAUUGUUACUGAAUUUAAAUUAUUUUUAUUAGGAUUAUUGUUUUCUGUAUAUUAAGAACUUAAAUCAAUUGACAAAGUGUUUUUUAAUUAAUUAAGUUAUGCUCAAAGUUUGUUUUGUCCAAUCACUUGACAGUGUUCUCCACAAAUUAUUUAGUAGCUAUUACCGAAGUAACGGGAGUUUCGUUUAAGAAUAAUAAAUAAUUGUAAGUAUGUAUGAA